AUGGCUGCUGUGGAAUCUGGACUCCCGCAGGUACAAAAAGAACCAUCCGAGGCUCUCCAGAUUGGGGUCAAGAGCAACGGGAUCGAAAGCAUCCCCAAAGAUGAGCUGAGGCUGUCCUCGUCCGAGUGUGUCGUCUCCAUCAAAGAGAUCCUCGCGCAACCUUGCCAGGAGGACGAGGAGCGCCCAUGGGAAAAGCUCUCCAUUUACCAGAUCCCGCUAUAUCUCAAAAAUGGCGAGGACAAAGCCUAUGUCCCCCAGAUCGUAUCCCUUGGGCCGUACCACCACGGUAAAAAGCCCCUCCGUCCUAUGGAGCAGCACAAGUUGCGCUGCCUCCGCUGCAUCCUCAAGCGCUUCAAUCAUGAUAUAGGCCCCUAUCUAGACUCAGUGAAGAAGGAGGAGGAGGCAGCUCGCGCCUGCUACGAGGGAACGAUAUCCAUGAGCAGCGACGACUUCGUGCAGAUGAUGGUUCUCGAUGGGUGCUUUGUGAUCGAACUGUUGAGGGGAGUCUCUAUGGGGUUCGAGGAACUUGGCUACUCUCCCAAUGAUCCCAUCUUCUCAAUGCGAUUAUUGAUGGUCAAGAUCCAGCAGGACAUGAUCAUGCUCGAGAAUCAGAUACCGCUCUCCAUACUUGACCUGCUACUCGGUCUCCAGCUCGGCGUGCUCAUCCGGGGCUCGUGGCCAGGCUGUCGAUGCAGUUCUUUGACUCUCUGCACCCAAACUUUAGUGGCGAAUGGAUAUUCAACCGGUCGUCCAACCUUGGCAGGCUCCAUUGCCUCGGGUGUUUUGGCAAAGCAUGCUGCCGUUCAACUCAACGCGGUCCGAGACCAAGCAACAGCCGCGGAGCUGGAAACUGUUCAUUCGCUGCUUGACCGAGCUCCGAGAUGCCAGGAUCAAGAUCAGGUUGACAUAUACGGACAACUGGGGGACAUCAGGUUCAGGGACAGGAUCCUCUGGAUCCCCCAGCUUGUUAUCCACGAUGGGACGAGGUCGCUCUUCCUCAACCUAAUAGCCUUCGAGCAGUGUCACUUCAAUUGCAGCAACUAUGUCACCUCGUAUGUAGUCUUUAUGCACAACUUGAUCAAAUCUCCUGAGGACGUCCGGUACCUCCGCAACAAGAGGAUCAUCAUGCACUGCCUUGGGAGCGAUGCUGAGGUCGUUGACCUCUUCAACGAGCUUAGCCAAAAGGUGGCCUUGGACAUUGAAGAUAGUUAUCUCUAUGAUCUGUCUACAGAAGUGGAACUGCGGUGCUUUAAUUGGUAUUCCCGGAUAGAGUCUCUUCAGAUUAAAUGUAAGAAGUGGAAAGCCAUUCUCAAGCACAAGUACUUCGACAGUCCCUGGUCAAUCAUUUCCUUAAUUGCUGCCUUCAUAUUGCUUGUGCUUACUUUCAUACAAUCCCUCUAUGCAGUCUAUGGCUACUAUAAGGUCCGAAUAAAAUGGACUAAAGAAUGGUUUUGGAAUGGGGAAAAGAAGAACAAGAGCUUACUUAAAAAGAAGAAGAACCGGCGUUAAAGCCGGCUCUUCUUUUCGGGUAUUGAGAACCGAAUUGAACCGGUCCGUCCGGUCGACGGCUCCUUGCUAAGUUGCUAUUACGUGCACCUGCAAGCCUUCAUGCAGUUCCCCCGGCCAACGGACGGUCGCCGCUCUCCUUUCCUCCGCCCAAUCUCCGCCCGUUGACUCGCUCUGCCGCCGAAGCUCCGUCGCAUGAGUUCAGCUGAGCUCGUCGCUUCCGCAGCAAAAGCUCCAUUGACAUUGAUCAUCCUCCUUCGCGUCACUAUUCAGGUAGCGCUACUUGAUGUUUGCCUGUAACAGGCAACCAUGGUGGAAGAAGAAUCAAUGGAAGCAAGAUUAGAUAUAAGGAACGAAGGAAUUAAAGAAUGAGAAGAGGAGAAGAGGAGGAGGUGGAGGCGGAGGCGGGGUGGUCGGAUUCAGAAGUCGAGAAGACGUCGGAACGGUUGGGCUUGAAAGACGGCGUGGAAGCGGCGGUGGACGGAGCCUUCGCGUGCACCCAAUUCGCGGCGUCCGAAUGCUCUUGGAGUGGCUUCACGCUCGUGCCCGGUAGUCCCCGCUUCAACGGCUGUCCAAUUGGAGCCAGGAACUCUCCAGUCACGCCCGCGCUAUACGCCUUCGGAGGAGUGGGAGGGAAUGUUUAAUGUUGGUAUGUCCAGCACAUUGACAGCUUCAAUUCGAGAAUGUGCAUCAAAUAUGGCUUUUGGCAAAAAUAAAAGUAACGAGAAAGCUGACCGUGCAACCGUGGAGCAGGUAAACUACAUUUAGUCAAAAGAUUGAUAAAUUAUGUACUAAGUGUUUGGUAAAACCCACAUCAGCUGAUUGGUAUAACUAAAGUUACAUCUAUGAAUUUGUGAAUAUGUAUAUUUUGCUGUUGUAAUGCUGGAUUAUCAGUAAGCAACUAUGCAACAAAGUUGCUUUAAGAUCUGGAUUGAUCUUAGUAUUAUUGUAUAUGGUAACUGCGAGGCCUUCUUGUGUAGACAAAAGUUAAAUGAAUAGCGUGAUGUUUUUAUGAUGUAGACAAUUUGGAUUAAAUGAGUCAUCUGUGGCCAAAAUACUAGUGUUGUUUUGGAGUUUUGGUGAAAAUACUCAUUUGCAUAUAUCCCCAAGUCCAAUGACAGAAUUGGGAUUUUUCAACAAGUUUUAUCUUUCUUUUUGGACUUGGGAGAAGAAUUCUAAACCUAUUAGGACUAUAUUUGACUUAUGGAUUGAUGAAAUGGU